CGGUCCAGUGGGCGGGGCCACUGGGCCUCUGGUGGGACCUGGGUCCUGUGGGCGGGGUCUGGGUCGCCGUGAGUUCCAGUGAAAGGUGCUGGACGGUGGAAGCACAAAGGCUAGUCAAAAUAGUGAACCCAUACCUGGGUUUGUGCAGAAGAUCUGAAGAUAGAAAUAAAGUACUUCAGCAUCUUCCACACUGCUUCCUAAAGGAUUUUUGAAAAACAAUAAAACAGUGAAAAGCACCAAAAUAUGGAAUUAUAGCAACAGCGAGAAAGAAAACGGCCUGGACCUAAACUGAGUAUUUAAUGAUUUUAUAUAGUGUUGGUGGGCUGUUCUGCUGGUUAACCAGUGUACAGCAAUGCAAGCUGAAGAAACGACAUCAGCUAAACAGGGCAGAUUGCACAGAAAACAUGAAGGCUGUUAUUCUGGCUGCUGGCUAUGGUACAAGAUUGAAUCGUGACCUACAGAAUGAUAGCAGCGGUCGUUUCAAGCAUCUCUGUGGCAUUCCCAAACCCCUUCUACCAGUAGGAAAUAAGGCACUUAUCAGUCAUUGGAUGGCAGCAUUGGACAAGAUUGACAGCAUUGAUGAAGUUUAUGUUAUUACAAAUGAUCUUUAUUAUGUGAAGUUUGAAGAAUGGGCAAAGGAGUUUCAACUAGUUAAAGUUCUAAAUGAUGGAACAAAAAGCAAUGAAGAACGGUUGGGUGCUAUAGCUUGUCUUCAACUUGCCAUUACUCAGUUUAACAUCAAUGAUCAUGUAUUGAUCCUAGGAGGUGACACUUUAUUCUAUGAAGACUUCAGCCUAUCUGUUGUUCUUGCACGAUUUGCUGAAUUGCAGAGUAUUAAUUGUGACAGCAAUUUGGUUCUGUCUUACCUUUGCAAAGAUGAAGAAACGACAAAGUUUGGCAUUUUAGAAACUGAUGAAAAGUUCCAAGUAACUGCAUUUAAAGAAAAACCCCGCUCAACUGAAACAACAUCUCGCAGAGCUUGCCCAUGCUUCUAUAUAUAUUCAAAAAACACAAUACCUUUGAUUGCAAAAUUUCUUCAAGAGAAACAGAUGUUGUGGUGAGACUCCCCAAUGGUAAGAGCCAGCAGUUUCUACGUCUCUGGCAUCGUAUGUAAAGCCUAGCUGCACACUGUUUCAGACACUGCAAGCCAGUGACACUGUGCUGCUUGAUCCUGAACAUUGAAAAAAUGUCUCAGAAGAAAAGCUAGCUUGAUCACUGUUCCAGAACACACAUCUGGUACCAGUGUACCAGAUUAAAGAAGGCAGACGAAGGACCACCACAAGAGGCCACAUUACUAGACACCGCCUUCCCGGACUCAACUUGCAGCAUGGAUCAAUGACCGUAGAUGCUCAGCAGUGCCACAAGAAGUCUUGCGCAGUUUUCCACACUAAGUGUUACUCCAUACUUGAAGGUCCAGCAUUCACUCUAACUGCUAUUCUCCAAUCCUAAGUAUGAGCAAUAAUGUCCACUGAAGGGCUGACACUUACCUCAUCACCUCAAGCAAAUUAUAAACCAUAAAAUGCACAUCUGUGUGUCAGUGCAAAAACAUCAUGUACGGAUACAUGUGUCCCUGCUCAGUGUGUCCUGGCAGAAGCAUCUAAGUCACUGAGGAGCUCAAAGUGUUGAAGACCUGAGGUGGUGUCUGGGUAGGACCUAGAACAGGCAUGAUGAUCUGUUGAGCCUGCUAGUUUGCCGAUCCCAAAUUGCGUGGACAGAUAGUCGAAGAUCAUGGCCAUAGAGCAUGCAGGGACAUUGCGCAGAAGAAGCAGUUGCAUGAAGUCUAGGACAGACAGAUGACAAGCUGCAGCUAUCAGAUACCCAUUUAGUUUUACCUAACACACUUUUCCACUACCUAGUUUCUUAUGAAGUGCAAUGUAAAUAGGGCAAGUUGGGUAUUAGUGAUAUGAAAAUGCAUGGAAAUAAGAUAGUCAACAGUCAAAGGUGAGAUUUACCUUCCAGAGGGAACUGGGAGUCUGUUGUGUGCUCUGCUUCAUGGAGACUUGGCUCAUCCCUGCCAUUCGGACUGUGCCCUACAAGCUGAUGGGUUUUCCGUACAUCGCAUAGACCACAUGGGCGUCCUCAGGUAGGGCAAAGGGCAGUGGAUUAUGCUUCCUAAUCAACACCACCUGGUGCUCAGACAUGGUGACCCUGGCUAGCCAUUGCUCCCGGGACCUGGAAUACCUUACAGUGAAACACCAUCCCUACUGUUUGCCGUGAGAGUUCACCUCCACCAUCCUGUCAGCAGUCAACAUACUUCCCCAUGCGGAUGUGAAGAAGGCCCCAGACAAAAUUUAUAGUGCCACAUGAUGAAGCGGUAGGCAUCUUUGAUGGUUGCGUAGCAGUGGUCCAGGAUGAUUGAUCCUCUGGUGGGGCAGGAGAUGUGUUGGUGAUACUUUGACAUCACCCUCCCCACACUUGGAAAAUCCAAUUACAGCGCUGCCUUCCUCCUCCCAGCUUACAAGCAGAAGCUGAAAUGGGAUUACCCUUUGCAAAAAGAAGUACAAUGCUGGUCUGAGGCAACAGAAGACCAUAUCCAGGACUGCUUGGAAUCGGUGAACUGGACUGUAUUCAAGUACUUAGCAGGAAACUUAGAUGAGUAUGCCACCACCAUCAUGGACUUCAUAAGCAAAUGUGUGAAGGACUGUGUGCCAAAGAAGUCAAUCCAAGUGUUCCCCAACUGGAAACCUUGAAUGAAAUAGGAAAUCAACUCCUCACUGAAGACCAGACGUGAAGCAUUCAAGUCAAACAACUCAGACCUAUACAGAAAAUCCAGGUAUGACCUCCGCAAAACUAUCAGGGAUACCAAGAAGCAGUACAGGACCAAGUUAGAGACCCUAACCAACCGAGCAGACUGCUGCCGUCUGUGGCAAGACCUGAACAACAUUACGGGAUACAAAAUGAAGCAACGGGCCUAGACGGAAUCCCUGGACAAGCACUUAGAUCCUGUGCAGACCAACUGGUGAAGGUAUUCACUGACAUCUUCAACCUCUCCCUUCUACAAGCCAAAGUCCCCACCUGCUUCAAGAAGACCACCAUCAACACAGUACCUAAAAAAGCACGUGCAACAUGCCUUAAUGACUACCAGUGGCUCUGACCUCCAUAAUCAUGCAGUGCUUUGAGAGGCUGGUCAUGGCCCGCAUCAACUCUAGCCUCCCAGCCUUCCUUGAUCCCUUACAAUUUGCCUACCAACACAACAGGUUCACAGUGAACACCAUUUCCCUAGCCCUGCACUCAUUCCUCGAACAUCUGGACAACAUGAACACCUGCAUCAGACUUCUGUUCAUUGACUACAGCUCUGCCUUCAACACCAUUAUUCCCUCCAGACUGAUUUCAAAACUCCAUGACCUUGGUCUCGGCUCCGCCCUCUUCAACUGGAUCCUCAGCUUUCAGACCCACAGGCUGCAGUCAGUGAGGAUCAAUAACUGCACCUCAUCCACCGUGGUAGGACAGAUAUCUAACAACGACAAGUCAGAAUACAGAAAGGAGAUAGAGGGCUUGGUGAUGUCAUGCAGUGAGAACAACCUCUCUCUCAACGUUGGCAAAACUAAAAAACUGAUCAUUCUUUUCAGAAAGAAUGCAGGAGAACACGCUCUCAUCUACAUCAACGGAGCUGAAGUUGAGAGGGUGGAGAGCACCAAGUUUUUAGGAGUGACAAUAACCGACAACCUGUCCUGGACUUCCCAUGUAGAUGCAAUGGUCAAGAAGGCACAACAAUGCCUCUUCUUCUUCGGGUAGCUCAGGAAAUUUGGCAUGUCCAUAAGAACCCUCACCAACUUUUACAGAUGUGCCAUUGAAAGCAUACUGUCGGGGUGCAUAAUAGCCUGGUAUGGCAACUGCUGUGCCCAGGACCUUAACAAACUACAGAAGGUUGUGUGCUCUGCCCAGACCAGCACAGACCAUCACCUUUCAUCCACGGAUUCUAUUUACACGGCUCGUUGCUGUGGAAAUGCUGCCAAUAUCAUCAAAGACCCAUCGUGCCCUGAUAAUGCUCUGCUACAACAACUUCCAUCAGCAGAAAAUACAGAAGCUUGAACACACGCACCUGCAGGUUCAGGAACAGCUUCCUCCUGGCUGUUAUUACCAUGAUGAUUGGACUCUAGUGGAGAGAGUGUCAAGUUCGCUGGAGUGACGAUAACCUACAACCUGUCCUGAACUUCCCACGUUGAUGCAACAGUCAAGAAGGCACAACAAUGCCUCUUCUUCCUCAGGUGGCUCAGGAAAUAAUGCUGAUCUUGCUAAUGUUGAUCUUGCCUAGUGCAUGCCCUGUGCGACGUAACCUGUUUUAUUUUUCACCCUAUGAUCUGUAUGUCCUUGCUGACUACGAUCUGCCUGUACUGCUUGUAAACAAAGCUUUUCACUGUACUUAGGUACACAUGACAAUAAAGAAAUCAAAUCAAAUCAAGUUCUGAAAUCACCAUUGAAGGUUGGAGGGAAAAGUUUUUCAGGGUUUUUCCAAGGUCGAGAAUUCUAUUGUUUUCAUUCCACAUCGGGGAGGGGAAAAUGUCUGCCCUUUCUGUGGCCUGACAUGGUUUCCAGCUGUUUUGUUUUGGCCUGGUGCAAUGUUGUCUACAUACCAGAGAUUCCCUAUGCUAUUGCCUCCUAUGAUGCCGCUAUAUCUUUCUGGGAUCGUUUUCAUCAUCCUCUGUCCCCCAGCAUUAAACAACGUGGUUGACAGAAGGCGCCUCUGCCCGACUCUCACUCAAAUUGGAAUUGGCUUAUAUGUCUCUUGUCAACUAUUUCUGAAGCAUUUCUGUACAGAUCUCUUAUUAGCCAUAGAAGACAGAUACACCACUGUCUGUGUACGUGCCUUCUAUAAGCAUCAUGCUGGACAAUAUUGAAAGCUUUUGAACAACUUAUAAAUGAAUUAAAGCUGGGCCUCUUGUUUAAUGAGAUUUCCCCAUGGGAUUUCUGAACUUAAACAUACCAUGCCACCUGCAUAAAUUCAUCGAAUUGAUUCAAAGAUUCCUGUGUAUUAUUUUCCUUUCACUCAUUUUUCUUGGCAAAUUGUGUUCAUUUUGCCAGCUUAUUUAACAACUACUUUAAC